AUAAUCAUGAAACCAUGAACAGGCAACAGAGCUCAGCCCUAUCGAGGACAACUUACAUAAUGAUCAGAUUUAGCCUUUCUGCCUUGUCUUAGACAAUAAUUCCUCAGUUGCUUAAAAACUUACCAGUGCAGGCCUAAUCAUGUGUUCCUGGCCUUGACCCAAGCAUCAACUGUUUUAUGAAUGACUUCUGCAACUUCCGGAGUGUACCAGGCUUUCGAUUUACUUUUAACCCUUCAUUUUCUGAAGGGAACAUGAUUAUCCACAAUASUAUUGAAGAYAUCUGCAAAAUGUCUCAAAGCUAAAUCAGGUUCAGAGAUAUCURAAAUACAAKCAAGCCUCURAUAGGCUGGGUGGAAUUGUUGCCAUAUUGUGGACAGCUAUCUAAUCCUCUAACAUCUCCACAAGAGUCUAGCGGGCUAGAGGCUAUAGGGGUUGGUUUGAGAUUCAGGAUCUGUGAUGAGGACAUAUCUAGCAUCUCAUCUCCUCCCUAGCUUCUUGGAUGACAUUGAGAUCAUGCUGAAAUGGCGCCCCCCGGUGCUGUAUAAGUACCUGUGGAAGUACGUGUGUCUGUUUGCUAUGGUGGGCCUGCUGGCGGCAAGUCUACUGCGAAUGGUCUUCAAACGACCGACCUACACAGCCUGGAACCACACCACAGACAACUCUGGAGUACCCAGGCUGGGCCCUGGCCAUGUUGGCCAUGCUGAUCCUGGCUGCCACCCUGCCUGUCCCUGUUGGCUACUUCCACUCCUGGCUGAAGAACCGUGGCAUGGACCCCGAGGGGGAGCUCGCGGGCCAGGAGAUAGACCGAGAGAGGUACACCAAGUGCAACUCCAGAGACGCCCUGGACUCCAACUCCCAGCAUACCCCUUCGGUGGAGGAUGAUGGCCGACCCAGGGCUAGCUUCCUACCACUGGGCCUCGACCACUACAGACUCCUCCCUCAACAGGAAGACGUGGAGGAGGAGGAAGAGGAUACGAUGUGAGAGAGCGGUUUGAGAAUCGACGGACGAAGAGAGGAGAGUGGCAGUGGGAAAGAGAGACCCACUUUAGAGAGAGAGAGAGAGAGAGAGAGAGAGAGAGAGAGAGAGAGAGCGUCUCUUGACUGAAAUAGUGGUAAGGACUCCACUUAUAUCCCCAGACUUUUAAUUGAUAAUGAAUCUUAAUAAUGUAUUACAAUGUAUAUGACCGUUUAUCCAUAUUACCAAAGAAACCUAAUAUUAGCACAAUGUAAUAACUUGUAUCCUUAGUGCCAACGCACACCUAUCAGUGACCUAUCAUAAGUGACUUAUCAAACUUGACCUAUGAUAAGCGAGCUAUUAUAAGUGACCUAUCAUAAGUGACCUAUCAUAAGUGACUUAUCAUAAUUGACCUAUCAUAAGUCACCUAUCUAUCAUAAUUGACCUAUCAUAAGUGACCUAUCAUAAGUCCCCUAUCAUAAGUCACCUAUCAUAAGUCACCUAUCAUAAGUCACCUAUUAUAAGUGACCUGGGGUGGCAGGUAGCCUAGUGGUUAGAGUGUUGGGCCAGUAACUGAAAGGUUUCUGGAUCGAAUCCCCGA